UCCGUUGGUCACACACACAAAAAAGUGUCGAGAAAAUCUGCGGGAGCGGAGCCAAGUCCUCCCAGAUGUCAGUGACAACAACCGCAGCGAGGAAGCUCGUCUCACCGCUAACCUGAGCCAGCAAGACAUAUUUGACUUAAAAGACACAAACAUAGAAAGGAACAAGCACCAUUUUAGUUUGAUUUAGAUGGCUGUGUGCAUAUUCACAAUUGCACUUUUACCAUAAAGGAAUUAAUCUAUAUUAUAAAUACAUUUAUUGCUAAAUCUGACUGUGUUGGACACAGAAAGAGGUACAUUUUCUUUCUCAUGCCUGUUGGUACACGACUAGUUUGCUUCAAUGGAGACUUGCAGCUCUGAAAGGACAAAUUGUAGAGGCCGCCGUUACCUCAGCGUCACCUGGGAGAUAGCCUAGCCCAGCCCAGCUUAGCGCAGGUCAGCACAGCCCAGCUAGCUAGUCCCUGACCCUUCCCCCCCCCGCCCCAGCAAUCUUUCUUCUCCCACCACCCUCUUUCUUUCCGGUAUAACUUGUCCAAGUGAGUCGCCAUGGCAUCGGUGCGCUUCACUGUGACGCCCACCAAGGCGGAGGACCUCCCGGGGCUGUCCGACACAUCGCCCGACAUCAGCUCACGCUCCGGAGCCCGUGUACGCUUCGGCUCCAGGGAGAGUGUUAACCGAAGUGACCCACUGAGCGAAGCAUCGGGAGGCCUGACGACCACCGCUACAGUGGCAGGAGGGGGCGCGGAAACGCCGGACCACAGCAACACAGAGCAAGGUGAUGGAAACUCCAAAGUGUCCAGCGUGUACAUCAACAACAGUCACGGGAUGGACGACGACGAUUUCUAUGACAGGAACUUGGCCUUAUUUGAGGAGGAGAUGGACACUCGGCCAAAGGUGUCCUCUCUGCUCAAUCGUCUGGCAAACUACACCAACCUGACACAGGGGGCCAAGGAGCACGAGGAGGCCGAGAGCAUCGGUGAGAAGAAGAAACCCGGCAAGUCUCCACAGAUGGGGACGUUCAUGGGCGUGUACCUGCCGUGCCUUCAGAACAUCUUCGGCGUCAUCCUGUUCCUGCGCUUGACCUGGGUGGUGGGGAUGGCCGGCAUUCUGCAGGCGCUCUGUAUCGUCUUCUUAUGCUGCUGCUGCACGUUGUUGACCGCGAUUUCGAUGAGCGCAAUCGCCACAAACGGAGUUGUACCAGCGGGAGGCUCCUACUUCAUGAUCAGUCGCUCUCUGGGUCCAGAGUUUGGGGGGGCGGUGGGCCUCUGUUUCUACCUGGGCACCACCUUUGCUGGAGCCAUGUACAUCCUGGGAGCCAUCGAGAUCCUGCUGAUGUACAUCGCGCCCAAGGCGGCCAUUUUCCAGUCGGACACCCCGGAAGGCGAGGGGGCAGCCAUGUUGAACAACAUGCGCGUCUACGGCUCCAUCUGCCUCCUCCUCAUGUCGCUGCUGGUGUUUGUGGGCGUGAAGUACGUCAACAAGCUGGCGUCCAUCUUCUUGGCUUGCGUCAUUGUCUCCAUCUUCUCCAUCUAUAUCGGAGCGCUGGUCUCCGCCUUCAAACCGCCACAGUUUUCCGUGUGCAUGCUGGGAAACCGGACGAUCAACGGUCAUGAGAUCGACGGCAGCCAGUGUGCAAAAACCUUCCUGCUGCAGCUCCAAGAACCCGAGGAGAGCCAGGGUGUCAAUGACACGGCCGUCAGCGAAAACACCACUGCAGGCCCGACCUUUGACCCCAGCCAUGCUCCUGCUCUGGUGGAGAAGACCACUUCUCUCUGGAAGCAUUUCUGCCAGGGCGUGGAGCUCAACUCCUCCUGUGACGAAUACUUCAUGUCCAACAACUUAACGGAGAUUGAGGGGAUCCCUGGUCUGGCCAGUGGGAUCAUUUCGGAGAACGUGUGGAGUUCCUACCUCAGCAAAGGGGACGUGGUGGAGAAAGGCUCCCUCAGCUCGUCUCAUUUUGCACAUCCAGCGUCCACACACCACCCUUACGUUUUUGCCGACAUCACCACCUCGUUCACGCUGCUGGUGGGCAUUUUCUUCCCCUCUGUCACAGGAAUAAUGGCUGGUUCAAAUCGGUCAGGUGAUCUGAAAGACGCCCAGCGCUCGAUCCCCAUCGGAACCAUCCUCGCCAUCCUCACCACGUCCAUCGUCUACCUGAGCAGCGUCAUUUUGUUCGGGGCCUGCAUCGACGGAGUCGUCCUCAGAGACAAAUUUGGCGACUCGGUCAAAGGAAACCUGGUGGUUGGAACUCUGGCGUGGCCGAGUCCCUGGGUCAUCGUCAUCGGCUCCUUCUUCUCCACAUGCGGCGCCGGCCUCCAGUCGCUGACCGGCGCGCCGCGGCUCCUGCAGGCCAUCGCUAAGGACAACAUCAUCCCCUUCCUGCGGGUCUUUGGCCACGGGAAGGCAAACGGCGAGCCCACCUGGGCGCUGCUGCUGACGGCCUUGAUCGCUGAGCUGGGGAUUCUCAUCGCCUCCCUGGACCUGGUGGCUCCCAUCCUGUCCAUGUUCUUUCUCAUGUGCUACCUGUUUGUGAAUCUGGCCUGUGCCCUCCAGACCCUCCUGAGGACGCCCAACUGGAGACCACGCUUUUCCUAUUACCACUGGGCUUUGUCAUUUUUGGGGAUGAUAAUCUGCCUGGCGUUGAUGUUCAUAUCAUCUUGGUACUAUGCGAUCGUUGCCAUGGUGAUCGCAGGCAUGAUCUACAAAUACAUUGAGUAUAACGGAGCGGAGAAAGAGUGGGGGGAUGGGAUCCGCGGUCUCUCACUCAGUGCUGCCCGUUACGCCCUCCUGAGGCUGGAAGAGGGACCACCGCACACCAAAAACUGGAGGCCUCAGCUGUUGGUGUUACUAAAACUGGACGAGGACGCCCACGUCAAGUCUCCUCGCCUGUUGACGUUUGCCAGUCAGCUGAAGGCAGGGAAGGGCCUCACCAUCGUCGGCACCGUCGUCUCCGGCAACUUCCUGCAGAGCUACGGGGAGGCGCUCGCUGCGGAACAGACUCUGAAGCACCUGAUGGAUAAGGAACGCGUGAAGGGCUUCUGUCAGUGCAUCGUAGCCCAGAAGCCUCGUGAAGGCAUCAGUCACAUGAUCCAGUCCAGCGGUCUGGGAGGAAUGAAGCACAACACGGUGGUGAUGGGUUGGCCUCACGCCUGGAGGCAGAGCGAAGACCCGCAGUCCUGGAAAACCUUCAUCAACACAGUGCGGGUGACCACGGCGGCACACCUGGCCCUGCUGGUGCCCAAAAACAUCUCCCUGUUCCCCAGCAACAGUGAACCGUGCACGGAGGGCUACAUCGACGUCUGGUGGAUCGUCCACGAUGGCGGGAUGUUGAUGCUGCUGCCCUUCCUCCUGCGCCAGCACAAGGUUUGGCGUAAAUGCGAGAUGCGAAUCUUCACCGUGGCUCAAAUGGAGGACAAUUCCAUCCAGAUGAAGAAGGACCUGGCAACCUUCCUCUAUCACCUGCGCAUCGAGGCUGACGUGGAAGUCGUCGAGAUGCACGACAGUGACAUCAGCGCUUACACGUACGAACGGACGCUGAUGAUGGAGCAGAGAUCGCAGAUGCUGCGACAGAUGAGACUCUCCAAAUCAGACCGGGAGCGAGAGAGGGUUCGCUGGAGCUUUGAUGACGUGUAUCUGUCGCCCGGGUACAGGAGUGUGGGACUCUCCUCAAACAGCCGCACAGGAAACAGAGGCAGACAGGCUCAGCUGGUGAAGGACCGCAACUCCAUGCUACGUCUGACCAGCAUCGGCUCGGACGACGAUGAUGAAACAGACGGCCCGGAGCGAGACCGGCCGACGGGCGGCGGAGGCGGUGGUGGUGGUGGCGGCGGCGGUGGUGGUGGCGGUGGAGGCAACUGCGAACACAACCGCCGUAUUCAGAUGACGUGGACGAAAGAGAGGACGUCGCAUUUCAGAGUGACGCAGUCUGGCUGCUCCACACCUGAGGGCUUCAGAGACAUGCUGAGCAUCCGACCGGAUCACUCCAACGUCCGGCGGAUGCACACGGCCGUCAAACUCAAUGAGGUCAUUGUUAACAAAUCCCAUGACGCCCGACUCGUCUUGCUGAACAUGCCAGGACCUCCCCGAAACACGGACGGAGACGAGAACUACAUGGAGUUCCUGGAAGUUUUAACCGAAGGACUGGAGCGAGUCCUGUUGGUCAGAGGCGGAGGAAGUGAGGUUAUCACCAUCUACUCCUGAUCGGACACCCACCAAGCAUUACGGAAGCAGCCAAGUGGGAAGUGGGAGGGGCCUAACCUGCUCUUUUCCUUUCAUUUUUCUUUUUAAAUACUUUUUUCCUGUCACGACAAAGGAUUUCCAUUCCACUUGUGUCGCUACAGGAAUGCUAACACAAUUCCAUGAAUGAGCAAAAAGGAAUAAAACAAAACUAUGUGUGUAAGUCGGAGAGAAGUCCGGGACCAGCCACGUGUUAAAGCAGUGAAUGAGACGGCGGGAGAGUGCGACGAGGCCGCGGAGGGCGUGACAAGACUCAGGGUUGACUUUUGUACAGAAUGUAUUUUGGAACCGUGCGAGUUUCAGCCUGAACGUCUGAUGCGAGCGUUUUUACGAUGUUUCCGUUCCUCCUGGAAGACCAAGAGAAGUUUAUUCCCGUAACUCAUACAUCAUGAAACUAAAGGAAAAGGAGGAGGAGUCUGUAGUUUUAAACCUGAACCUUAAAAAAAAAAAAGCUGCAUAUAAAUACUGGAAAACCACCAUAUCCACUGGUAUUUGCACAAACCUCAGUUUCCUGUCCGACACAGUGACGUUUAAUGUGGAAUUAACUUAAUUAUUUCAGAAUUUUUGCUUGUUUGGGGGGGGGUUCAAAACCUGCUGUGGAAAACGGUUUCUGCCAGGAAAGACUUCAAAAGUCACGCUACUCCUCAAACUCCUGGAAUUUUACUUUCCAAGUUUAACUUGGUUUCCAAAAACUUUAAUUUGUUUGUUUUGACACAGAAUUACAGUUCCUCAAUUAAAGAAAUGCAAAAUCUGAGUCAAAUUUAAUAGAUUGAAGUAUGUGUCUUUUUGAUUUGCUAAGUCAAACAAUGAAAAAUUAUGCAAUGGGUCAGACGGUAAAUCAGAAAUAUAUGAAAAGUUAAAAUAUUAAAACACAAUCAUGGGACAAAACAUUUCAAUAUACAAAGGAAAUGUUUUUAAAUGCGCAUUCAAAGUUAUAAAUAACAGUGAAUUUUUUACAAUGGGGUCAAAAUGCUAAAAUGGUAUAUUAGAUUUAUUACAUUAAAAUUAGACUUUAUUUUUGAAAAUUAAAUAAGAUCAAGGCACAGUCAUGAGACAAAAAUUACUUUCAUUACUUUCAGUCACAAUUCUAAGAUUAUGAAACGUCAAAUUGUUAACAAAAAUUUAAGCGAAUUACGAAACUGUUGAAAUAGUUAAAAAGUGCAAAUUCAAAUAAUUUAACUUUUAUCAGUUUUAGUAGGAUUUCUUUUGUCGUGAGCCUCCAUAUUUAAAUUUGUGUGUUUAAAUUUCACCAAUUCCCGUGUUCUUUUUUUCCAGGAUGGUAAAAAUCAAACAUUAGAUUUAAAAAAAAAAUAAAAUUGUCAGCUUAAUGAAAAACCACAACAAAACAGCAACAAUAAAACAUCUUUUGAGGAUACGGUAAGAAUUAUAUUUAAAAAAAAAUUUCUCACAAGUUCUCAGUUUCCACUUCAGUUUCCAAUUUUCAACGAUCAAACUUAACGAUAACAAUAACCACUGGACAAUAUCUUACCCUGUAUUGCAGUCAAACACCAGCAGGGUGCUAAUCUGCUAAUGUGUUAGCUGUGCAAUAUCUCGGGUUGAAUUGAAGGUGGGUGGGGCUUUCUCUACGCAAUGCUUUUAUAGAACGGUUUACGUUCCACCACAGCCAAUUGGGGAAACAUGCCAACUGACCCUCAAAACCAACAUCCUCUGUGUUCCAAUCAGCAUGAAUUGGGGCGUGUUUUCCCAAGGGGGCGUGGCUGUAGUUGGACAUUGUUGACCCAGCAGGAGAACGAAUUAAACCAAUGUCGAGGAAGAUGUCAGAGGUCUUCGUCGUCUCUGUUUCGUGCCAUAAACCGACCAACCUCGUGUCGGACGCAUGUGAAUAGUUUGCGUGUUACAUUAAAUGUCAACGUUGGUUGAAGGUCAAUUUUUUUAUUUUUUUUUAUUUGGGUGAUGGUGGUGGUUGUUGUGAAGGAAGGAAAAAGUCGACACACUGGAACUUUGUGGAGAGAAACCGCUGCACUGCAUGCUUUCAAAAUAGCUUCCUCACUCAAAUGUACGUGUGUGUGUGUGUGUGAUAUGAAUGAAUGAUUGUAAAUGUGUACAUUUGACACAGUGAAAUUGUGUUUUUCAUUUCUUUUGAAUGGAAAGUAUUUGCUACGCUAUGUCGUUUGAGCUCAUACCGUGAAUCUCUCUCCACCUCACUGUAAACAUCCUGCUUUGUCUGUGUGUGAGUGAGUAAGAGUGAGUAAGAGUGAGUGAGUGAAUGCAAGCUUUUUUUUGCUAAAUGGUCUCUAAACUGUGUUCAAAGCUUUUUUUUUUGUCUUUUUUACAGUGUUAUUGUGUGGGGGAUUCUUUCACGUUUGUUGUCGUCGUUUCCGAAAAUCAUUGUUUUCUCGCCUGUACAUAAAGACAGUGAAAAGAAACGAUCCCAAGUUUUAUCUUUUUUUAAUUACAUUAAUAUAAAAAGGAAUCUUUAAAAAAAAAAAAAUGCUUGAAAAAUCUAAUAAAAGCAAUUUUGAACGGAAA